GAUGUCUGUGCCACGUGCCAUGAACACGCUACAUGCCAGGAAAGAGAUGGGAGGAGGAUCUGUAUUUGCAACUAUGGAUUCGUGGGCAAUGGGAGGACACAGUGCAUUGAUAAAAAUGAGUGCCAGUUUGGAGCCACUCUGGUCUGUGGGAACCACACAUCUUGCCACAACACACCCGGAGGCUUCUACUGCAUUUGCCUGGAAGGAUAUCGAGCCACAAACAACAAGAAGACAUUCAUUCCCAAUGACGGCACCUUUUGUACAGACAUAGAUGAGUGUGAAGUUUCUGGCCUGUGCAGGCAUGGAGGACGAUGUGCAAACACUCAUGGGAGCUUUGAAUGCUACUGUAUGGAUGGAUACUUGCCAAAGAAUGGGCCUGAGCCUUUCCACCCGACCAGAGAUGCCACGUCAUGCACAGAAAUAGACUGUGGCACCCCUCCUGAGGUCCCAGAUGGCUAUAUUGUAGGAAAUUAUACUUCCAGGCUGGGCAGCCAGGUUCAUUACACUUGCAAAGAAGGAUUUUUCAGUGUCCCAGAAGACACAAUUUCAAGCUGUACAGCCCUGGGCACAUGGGAGUCCCCAGAAUUAUACUGCCAAGAGAUUGACUGUGGCAGCCCUCCACAAGUGCGACAUGCUGUCUUGGUAGGGAAUCACAGCUCUAGCCUGGGCGGCAUGGCUCACUAUGUCUGUCAAGAGGGCUUUGAGAGCCCUGGAGGAAAGAUUACUUCUGUUUGCACAGAGAAAGGCACCUGGAAAGAAAGCACUUUAACAUGCACAGAAAUAAUGACAGAAAUUAAUGAUGUAUCAGUGUUUAAUAACACCUGUGUAAGGUGGCAAAUAAACUCAGGAAGAAUAAAUUCCAAGAUCGUAUAUGUGAUACACAUAAAAGGACAACGGUUGGAUCCUAUGGCAUCAGUUCAUGAGGAGACAGUCAACUUGACCACAGACAGCAGGACUCCAGCAGUGUGCCUAGACCUGUACCGAGGCACCAACUACACCGUGAGCAUUUCCACUGCCCCUCCCAGGCACUCCGUGUCAGCCGUCAUUGGUUUCCAGACAGCUGGAGAUGACCUCUUUGAAGAUGAUGGAAUUUUCAAUAUUUCAAUAUUUAAUGAAACUUGUGUGAAAUUGAACAGGCAUUCAAUGAAAGUUGGAUCAGAACAAAUGUACCAAUUUAAAGUUCUGGGUCAAAGGUGGUAUCUGGAUAACUUUUAUCAUGUAAUAUCAUUUAACCUCACAACGAGGGAACGAACUCCGGUAGUGUGUUUGGAUCUGUAUCCGAUGACUGAUUAUACAGUGAAUGUCACUCAACUGGGAUCUCCUGGGCAGCACUCAGUAGAAGUAACCAUAACAACUGCACCAGCAGUAAAACAGACCAUCAGUAACAUUUCAUUGUUUAAUGAAACCUGCUUGAGAUGGAGAAGUGUGAAGACAGCUGAUAUAGAGGAGAUGUAUUUAUUCCACAUUUGGGGCCAGAGAUGGUAUCAGAAGGAAUUCGUCCAGGAAAUGAUCUUUAAUAUCACUACUGGCAGCCAGGCUUCUGAGAUGUGCUUGGACCUGCACCCGGGUACCAACUACAAGGUCAGCCUCCGGGCUUUGUCUUCUGAACUUCCUGUGGUCAUCUCCCUGACAACCCAGAUAACAGAGCCUCCCCUUCCAGAAGUAGACUUUAUUACAGUGCACGGAGGGCCUAUACCUCGACUCAGACUGAAGAAAGCCAGGGAGGAAAAUGGGCCUAUCAGUUCAUAUCAGGUGCUAGUGCUUCCCCUGGCCCUCCAAAGCACAUUUCCUUGUGAUUCUGAAGGGGCUACCUCAUUCUUUAGCAACAUCUCGGAUGCUGAAGGAUAUGUGGCUGCAGAACUACUGGCCAAAGAUGUUCCGGAUGAUGCCAUGGAGAUAUCGAUUGGAGACAGGCUAUACUAUGGGAAAUAUUAUAAUGCACCCUUGAAAACAGGGAGUGAUUACUGCAUCAUAUUACGAAUCACAAGUGAAUGGAAUAAGAUGAGAAGAUGCUCCUGUGCAGUGUGGGCUCAGGUGAAAGAUUCGUCACUCACGCUGCAGCAGAUGGUGGGUGUCGCACUGGGCUCCGUGGCCGUUGUGAUCGUUCUCGCAUUCCUCUCCUUCUCAGCAGUGUGAUUGCAGGUGGGUGUUGUGUGGGAAGGAUGCACUCUGCUGGGACAGCCGUUCUGACAGCUCCUCAGGGGCCUGCAUAGAGGCCAAUGUGGCUUCCGUCUGGGGGGCAUAUGGGCCUGCAACUUUCUCCAUUCCCAGCUUUGCCCCAUUCCUGGGUUCAAGAUGAUGACUAUCUCUAUGGAAUCCCCUAAAAGGAGAAAACGCAGGAAUUGCUGAUGUCUUCCCUGCUACAGGACCAGUUCUGUGUCUAUGAACUUGAGACUCUUGAUGUAUAAUGUAAAAUUGACCAUGGAUGACAGGAGACAUGGGUCUGGGCUGGGACUUCCUCUUAGUGAUGUUUGAGAGUCAGCUCCUCUAGGCAUUGAAUGCAAGAGAGUCUCUCCAUCCUACUUUAUGGCAUUUCUGUUAAUUAGUUCAGAAUCCAUUCUUUUACAGUAUGCCAGGAGAUGGGCUUAAGUUUGAAUUUGACUUUAUGAAGGAAGUCAUUAAAAGGAAUAGAGAACAUUAACAUGGGCAAAUGUUUCAAGCACUUUAGAAGCAGCCCUUUUCCUGCAAUUAGUUGAUAUAUCAACUAGAAGAUAUACUAGCUUGGCCACACCAGUAAGUUCCCAGCCAUGUCUGCAUGUCUGUUAGGGAGCAUUGCUUUGAUACAAUUCCAAUUGUCUUAUAUAUUGAAAAGUGGUGUCUAUAUUCUAGUAAAAGUAUUCUGUAAUUAAGA